AUGUACGGUGCUCCACCUGGAUUCCCCCCACCGCCUCAGCAGCCGGCGCCUCCGCCAUCAGGCUGGACUGAACACUUGUUCUACACGAAUGGGAAGGGCACACCGGCCUUUGAAGCACUGAUGAAGGAGUUCUUUGUAAAGCUUGAUCCCAGAGGCACCGGGUACAUUACUCCAGAAGCCUUUUCAAGCUUCUUGGAGGCAUCGCGCGUCAAGGAUUCGGACAACAUCUGGAAGAGAAGUCUCAAGGACGGCGGCAUGUUUGCAAAAGAGGACAUGGCCGACUUCGAGUUCAAGGCUGCACUAGAAGGCUUCUACUUCGAUCACAAGGUCGUAGUGCGCAAUCCUAAUGCGCCACAGUUACCAUACGGUGGCAUGCCCCUCCUCAGCCUGGCCGGGUUUAUCGACUUCAUGUCAGUCGAAUAUGCGUCGGAUCCAGACGACAUAUUUGUCGUGCCUGGACUGAACAAUGCCUUGCGCGUGUACAAUAUCUGGCCAGAGCGUGGGCCCUUGCCGCGAUACGUGUUUCCUGAGAGACGGCCAGUGGAGAUUCAGCAGCGCAUCGAUCAAGCAAGCCAACGCUGUGCUGCAAAUGCGCAGGAGAAGAUCAUGGCGAACCAGGCACGGCUUCAGAUGAAGCUGCAAGGUCAACAAAAUGCCCUUGAUUUGAUUGACGGGACUCGUAGAUACUAUCGCUACUAUUGA